AUGUGGAUCAUUGGCAGCCAAAGGUCCAAGAAGCGCGACUCCUGGGGAAGAUGCAUGUCCCACCGCCUCGCUUCUUCUCUCGCUGGCCCUUUUGUUCGGCUGGAAGGAGAACUGGGCUCACGGCCAACGAGCCGCAAGGGAAAGCGGGACGACCACCACAAGGAGCGUCAGCAUUGUGGGCUAACGACAUUCCAACACAUGCCUCGUGGCGUCAGAGACAAAUCGCCGUGCUGGGUCUUUCCUUUUUCUGCUGUUGUUUCCGAGGGCCGCCGCUGUCCGUCGAUUGGCCAUCACCUCAGCAUCUUGACCGCUCAGAGUCUAAAACUACUAUCCCCAACAACUCAAAGUCCUACCAAUGGUGUCGUUUUGAAGCUUACGUGCUAUCUUAACAGCACUGAAGUUCCCACGAGACUGGCUUACACUAUCCCCAGUCACUGGCUGACGGCCGAUGGCGGCCGCUGCCGAGCACACUUUAGCUGCGACGCUCUCUCCGCGGACGGAUCGUCACCUAAGGCUGCUGGACAUUCAAUGACACGUUCCGUUGAAAACGCCUCGCAAUAUUACACACACCAUUCGAUGGUCGGGACGCCCAAAUCCAAACUCGUCAACUUAAAGCAAGAGACACGAAUCAUUCUGACAACAAAAUGGAGUGUAGACCUUGAGUUGAGUUCACUGGCAGUUGAUGAAACCCCUGGCUACCAGGACCGAGAGAUCCGUCUGGGCACUGUGUAUCUGCCCGGUUUCCAAGACUCCCGUGGAGACGACAUCUCACGCUGUCGAUCACUUACCUCACCACAUCGGCCGACCACACAUGCCGCCCAUGGCCCGCUUGUCAGAACGGCCGAAAUAAGAGACUAUCAAGUAGCUCCGACUGCUUACUUUGGUCCCAACCAACUGCAAAUGUCUUACACUUCCCCUUGCGGGAGACGCUGCCGUGAAUAUCCCGCCUUUCGCCAACCUAGACGGGAUUUCGUCGCACCUGCGUUGCGCACCGUCUUCCACCCUGAGACUCUGGGGGUGAUCGAUUUCCAAAGCAGCCUCGCGACCAAUUUGACCUUCGGCGCAGCCGACGCCAAGGGUCACCGAAUAGUUGGGAUCCGCAUCUGUCAAGAAGUAUGUUGGUCACUGAUCAUGAUCCAACAAAGCCAGACGACCACGAUAUGUCCAUUCACCUUCCAUGCAGCUAAGAUUGGUUGGUGGAGCUUCUGGACGGCCUGUUCCGCUUGCGACCUUGACUUGGAGAAUGCGGUUUGUCUAGGGGAAAGCAAACUCGACAACGUCAACUUUGCAAAUUCGGUCUUGUGGCAACAUGGAGCUGGCUCACGUCGAGGGUCAUUUCUCAUUCACCCAAACGAGUUCAAUAUCCUCUGCUUCCGAAAAACAUUGAUAUUGGAACAGAUCGCAACAUAUUCCGAUAUGGGACAGACUAGACUUGAAAUGCACGUCCCGAGCAAAGCAAGAAACUCUCUGAGCCUCCCGAGAUUUAUUCUUCUCUUCUUUUUCUCUUGCUCCAUUAAGCUCAUUGUACCAAAUGGGCCAGGCACACCAGUCUCGUACCAGGCGGAGCAAGGCAGAGGCGGCCGUGGAGAUCCGAUACAUCUUCUCAUAUGUCUUGCGUUUGGAAACAGAGGAAGAGGUAAAGAAAGAAUGGGCGAUAAACAGCGUCGGCAGGCAAGACAACAGAUGAGAGCCUCCCAGAUGAGAGGAAACAAUUUGAUCCCGGCUUUUGGAGUACCAACAAAAGAGCCGGUUCCAGCACCUUCUCGGCAGGAGGAGGAGGAGCAUGGACUAGACCAAGAUAACAACGUUGCUGCCCCAAGCCCUAUGCCCCUGCAUCUUGACCGGGCCUCGUCCACUGCUCGAUCAUCGGCAGAAAGUCAAGGGCAUGUGAAGAAGAUGUGGAUCGAUUGCAAGAUGAAGGGGAAUCGUCUAGGCUGGGCACUGCGGUAUCCGAUGCCACCAACAACACUCCGUGAAAGACGAUGUUUGGGAUGUCUCCUUUUCCAAAGGAGGCCCAUUCGGAGCUCUGAGUCUGGAGACAUUAGCUGGGCCGCCGAGCAUAUCCAACGUCGCAUCGGCUACGUUUCCGCCCACUUAGACCCCGUCCCGUCCCACGUUCGCUCCGUCCCGUCUCCACAGGCGCGAAGAAUGACAGAUGCAUUACAAGUCUUCUACGGAGUCCUUUGGACCUGA